AUGUUCAUGAAUGUCUCCAGAGUCACAGAGUUCGUCUUCCUAGGACUUUCCAGAUCUCGUCCCAUCCAGCUCCUUCUAGCGGUCUUGGUCAUCAUGUGCUACUCUGCCAUUCUACUGGGCAACCUUUUCAUUGUAUUGACGGUGCAUAUAGAUCCACGCCUUCUAAAGUCACCCAUGUAUUUUUUCUUAGCCAAUUUAUCCAUCAUCGAUACUGCUUUGGGUUCAGUGGUUGUUCCCAAGGUGGCAACAGAUCUGAUCACCUGUGGCAGGGCUAUCUCAUUUGGGGGCUGUAUGUCUCAGCUCUUUUUUCUACACUUCCUUGGAUGUUCAGAGAUGUUUCUUCUUACCCUCAUGGCCUACGAUCGCUAUGUGGCCAUUUGCCAUCCAUUGACAUAUACAACCAAGAUGAACCGCCCACGCUGCAUUAGACUGUUGUGUUGGUGUUGGGCUGGAGGCCUCCUUCACUCUGGCAGCCAGCUGUUCCUGGUGCUGCGGCUGCCAUUCUGUGGACCAAAUGAACUGGACAAUUUCUUUUGUGAUGUUCCACAAAUAGUCAAACUGGCUUGUGCUGAUACCCAAGUGACUGAGAUACUCAUGGUGGCCAAUAGUGGCCUGAUCUCUCUGGUUUGUUUCAUCAUCUUGCUGAUCUCCUAUGGCAUCAUCCUGAGCACGCUUCAAGGCCGCUUCAAGGAGAGUGGAGGGAAGGCUCUGUACACCUGCAGCUCUCACCUGACAGUGGUCAGCCUUUUCUUCCUACCUUGCCUCUUUGUGUACCUUGUCCCCAUUUUCAGCGCCAGUCUGGACAAGGUAGCAUCCAUAUUUUAUACCACAAUCACUCCUUUUCUUAAUGCUAUGAUAUACACUCUACGAAAUCGGGAAAUGAAAGAGGCAAUGGGCCGUAUGACUAAGAAAUACAUUUUUACCCACUGGUUUCAGAAGGAAGGAAAAACAUAA